GAUCGCGCAACUUCAAACAACAGCGGUAGUCGCAAAAAAAAAAAAUAAAACCAUAUUGGAAAAUAGAUUAAUUAAACCAAUUGAGCCUGAAUGAGAAACAAGCAUGGACCGCUCGGUAAUUGCACCCUGGAAAGCCGAGGAGAAGGAGCAAAGCGAGAAGCUGCACAAGAAGCUCCAGGGCCUGGCUUUGCUCUAUCCCAUGGGGGACGAGAUGCGGAAGCUUCUCUGCUGGGAUAUGUUUCUCAAGCCCAAUCAGGCGGCGUUCUUUCAGGUGAUGCACUAUCUGUUCCGACUGCUGGAUCCGGCGGAGUUCAAGCGGCGCUUUUUCUGGCCAAUUGCUGACAAAAAGGCGGAGGCCAACUUCCGCUCCAGCACCGUGGAGUAUCUGAAGCACCUGAACGAGAAGCAUCAGCUGCAGUGGGCGCACAUCAAGUCAUAUUUGGUGGUGAUGCCCGGUGGGCAUAAGUUCAUUACUUUCAUGCUGGAAUUUGUGGGCUUUGUGGUCCAGGAGCUGAUCAAGCAACGGGAAAAGAUUCUGCUCGUCGACACGAGUCCAGCCCAACUGCGAGACUUGAAUGUCAAGGUGAUGGGCAGGCAGAAUGCCCUACUGAAGGAGUAUGCAUCCUCGUAUGUGGAGGAACUGGAACGGAAUUCGACUCUGCUGCGUGGAAGUACACAAAAGAUCAGGCACAUCCAAGCUGAGAUCUCCGGCAUCACCGGAGUGGCGGAGGCACAGCUGUACGACGAUGCCUUCCUGGAGGAGUUUGAAGCAAGCAAUCGACUGGCUGUGCAACAGAAAAUAUCUGCGCCCGCUGCCAGCAAUGCCACACUGGAGCUACCGCUCAGGGACCUCAAAGAGAAGAUCGAACGCUUCCAGGCCAAGCAGGCGGAGCACAAUCAAAACAAGGAAGCCAUGGACCAGACACUAUGCGACAUGCACCAGCUCUUCGACAGCGUGUCGGAUCCGAUGUGCGGCUCCGACAUGGAUGCUUUGGUGUGCGCCUUCAACAGAGUCAGUGACACCAUUGCGGAGCAACUGGAUGCCAACGAUCACUACAACGAGUCCAACGACUUUGUGACCAAAACACUGCAGGCGCUGCGCCUCGAACUGGUGGAGAUGGAGAGCCAGGUGACCAGAGCUCAAAGGAAAUUGAAUUUUCGGCUCAAAGAGGACACCGGCAGCAGCAGCAGCCUGCAUCAGACGCAGCAGCAGUCGGUGGCAGGUACACCACGUUUCGAGUGUCGUGCCCAUGGCAUUACCAAUAAGUUGGUGUCCACGCCGACCAUUCGAUUCGAUUCGGUGGACAGCGCUAAUGUGCGCACUGCACACGUGCGUCUGCCGCUGCAGGAUGACUUUAAGGCCAAGCAACUGGACAAUUUUAGCAACAGUUUAUUGGCACCUGCACCGCCACGAUCCGCACGUAAAUUGAAAGUCCUUGAACAGUCCAACGAUCUCAAUUGCACCCUGAACCGUUCCAAGGUGGCUAAUCCCAUGCAGCUGUUGCGCACCAUUGGCAAGUCCACGGCCAGACCACCAGUGGCAGCCACGCAGCAGCAGCAGCAGCAACAGCAGCACAAUCUCUCAUCGCUGGGCAGCAAAUGGAAGCAGAUGCAGGCCUCGUUUGGCUUUGACGAUGCCCCGGUCGGAAUUGCAGUUGCUGCUGCUGUAUCCCCUGCAGAGUCUUCCCCUGCCGCCAGCGAGCCAUACACGCCCUCGAGCUGCAACGACUGCACACGCAUCGAGCGCAUUCCCCCACGGUCUUCCAAUGCCAAUAGCUCGCUGGUGGCCAAGAGUGCGGCUGUGCGCAAGGUUCUGGAUCAGUCGCGUAAUGUCCAGAAUCUGAGUACAUCGCCAUCGGGCAGGCUGGAUCCGUUGGUGGCCGAGACGCCACUCCACGAACCGAUGCAUCAACAAAUAUUGCCACGCGUUCUGCUCAAUGACAGGACAAUGGAUCAGUUCGAGGAUCCCUGCGACAACAAGGAUAAUGAAAUGAAUGCCUUGAAUGGUGCAGCGCAGAACUUUAACCUCGAGCUGAGCGACGAUGGUGAUGACCUGCACGACAUAAGCGAUAGCGUUCUCGAGGAUGUAUCCAUGUAGACAGGACAGGAGGCAGGGGCAAUCAAAGAUUCCCACCGGCUUUGUGUGUGUGUGUGGCAGUAUUUAAUGUUUAUUAUUAAUAUGUAUUCGAAAUUUAUAAAACUUACGAACUAGCAUUUAUCAUCUCACUUGUUGCACUUUCGCUCGGCCAUACAUAAAAUCAGACUUUCCAAUGAGCGUGUUUCAUGGAAAAUGAAUGGAAUGGUACAAGCAAUCAACCAAAACAAAACAAAAAGUAAAUUAAAAACGUUUGGGAAUUCAAUUUUAUUAAAUUCGUUAUAUGAUUGCCAAUUUGUGUGCCAAAAAUCAAAUGGUUUUGCGAGAGAUAUGUGUGUGUAAAUGAGUGGAUCGGCCAUGGCUUCGUAGCUGUAACACUGUAACAAAUGGCCAACCACUGGGUGUAAAUUUUUUUAUAUUGCUUUUGUGUCGUAUGCGCUUAUCACAUGAUAUCCAGGACAGACGUUCCAUUUUCGUUUGCCGCCAAAAAAAAUAAACAAAUUAAAUAU